ACCACAAAGCGGCAACAGAACAAAGCGAGACAGACGUAAGCCAACAGCGCUGGGUUUUUCCAAUUCCGUCUCUCUUCAGUACGCGUAUAUAUAGCUGUUGCAUACUUCCCCCUCCUCUUCAAAGCGUUUGCGACGCAUAUUCAGGCGCUUGCAGUCCUCGAAGUCGACUUCUCUCGCCGAAACGCCGCCGCACACACUUUUGAAACUGCAACACAAAGCCGGGCUAUAUCGUCAUCAGCGUCGUAAAAAGAAGAUUCAUAAGUUUCGGAUGAUUUUCAUGCUGGUGAUCGAUUGUGCGUAUUCGCGCUCUGAUCACCUAAUACUAAAGAUAACCGCGCAGUAGGCGUAAUCUCGACAUCAAAGUGCCUCGAUUAUAAUCGAUUAUCCGCAGAUAUAGCUUUGCAAAGGUGGUUCUUUAGUUUUUUUAACACCGGUAUCGACACGUUCUGGAUAGUGAAGUAGCGUUUCUGCAGUGUUGAGGCGAGGCCGACGCUGGGACUGUCACCUAUAGCUUAUUAAUAUUAUUUCAAACGACUAGAAGAAAAAUGGGAUCGUAUAAGGAUUAUCAAGAGAAUAUAAAUCCAUUGCAGGAUAUAAUGAAUCAUCAACAUCGUUCACCUUUAAAAGAAUUAGCAUCGUCUCGUACUAUACUUUCCAUUCCUAAAUCACCGGGCACUCCAUCCAAGUCAAAAGUCAAGAACAUUCGAUGUUGUGAUAAUAAUGCAUUUUCAUCAACGUCGAAUUUUGAAUUAGAAAAAGCUAAACGCCUUGAAGCAUUAAUUUCCAAUAAAUUCGCCAAGCGUCCGGUUACUGGAGGAAUAUCGCCAAAUUUCGAACACAUCAGCAAGUUAAAUCCAAGCUCAAAUACAGCUGCAGUAGCAAUACAACGCGAAAAGACGCCUGAAGAAGCUUCGCCUCCUAAAAGGCAACGUCUUGAGGAAACAGACGAUACCGACGAUGUGUGCAUAAUCGAAGAAAAGAUAAACAGACCUCGUGAAAGUACCGUUAAUAAUGAUCGCGUGCAUACCACCCAAGGGACACAUUCACGUAAUAACAUACAAGUUACUUCAACAAUUACCAAACAAAGCAUACCAGCAAACUUGACUAUCGAUACUACACCAAAGGUACCCCCAAAAGUCGCAAAUGCACCUCGUGGAUCAGAAAGAGAACAGCAAAGCAAUGGGACUAAUAAUUUCGCAAGUAAUUCCACUCAAAAUAAUGACAAAGAAUUCUUCGAUUCCUUGAGGCUUGAUAAUAUUAUUUCGAGAAAACAUGAGCUAAGAGGGUUAGAGUCUGAAUACCGUAAAAAUGUAAACGGCAUAAGUGUUUCCGAAGCUAUGCAAACAUUAAAAAAACAAAUAAAUAUGCUCAUACAAAGCAUAGAACGUUCAGAAAGAAUCAGGUUAGAUAUUGCAGAAUCCAAAUCAAUCAUAAUAUCAGAAAAGUACACCUGUAAAAAAUGUAUGAAGGGGUAUGAAAAACGAGGAAACAUUGUUAAUCAUAUAUUAGCUCUUCAUCCAGAAAUCAUCGAAGAAUAUAAACCUGCUGAAAUAAAUGAUGCAGCAAGUACAGUGAUAAAUGAUCGUGAUGAAACAUCUUCGUUGUCAUCUCACUCGCAUAGCAUUAACAGCCAGAUUACUUUGAUGGAUAGCAAUGUAGCGCCGUACAGAACAUCUAGCGCUGCAUCUCAAUCGCACAGCGUCCACAGCCAAGUUACUUUGCUUAAUAACAACGAAACUACACAUAGAGGACUGAGCUCUGCAUCUUCGACGACAUCACAGCGUAGCAUUCACAGCCAAAAUACUGUGCUGAACAACAACAUACCGCCGCAUAGAGAACUGAACGCUGAAUUCAAUAUCCGGACGGAUAACAACAAUCUAGUACUAAAUGAAGCGGAGCCAGUAGGACAAAACAUUCCUGUUUCGCGUGGACGCGACGAGAUAGUUAAUGCAUCAACGCCAUCAACUAAACCUAUACCAGUAAAGUCUAAAGAUUCACGCGCCCCUUUACAAACUGCUGGUAAAUUCAACCCAAUGGGGAAAGCUCCAACCGAGUUUCUUCCAACUGAUACUACAAAUGCCCACUUACAGACUACAGUUGUUGAAAUUGAGCAAGAUAAUCCAGUCUGGAAGAGAAUCGAUAUUAAUUUUGCGCCGCGAAAACAGGUUGACUUUCUUGGACACGAGUCCUUUGAAUUAUUUGAGAAGCAUGAAAGAAUGAUAAGAAAUUGGAUGAAAAAGCUGAGAUCUAAUAGUUCUGCUACCAGUACAAACAAAACAAAAAAAUCCGCUUCUCCGCAAAUACCUAAACGUAACAAUUUAACUUUAUACGAUGGUAGUGCCCAAGUAAAUAAAUAUAAAUUAGAUUUACUUUAUAAUAAAGCUGAGUUAGAGCAAAUUAAUCACUGUUACACAAAUAAAAAAAUUGACGAUCUUUGCGAGAGUUGCGUAUACAAGUUAGUAGAGUUUCAAGCAAAGCAGUAUGCCGUGAGCACAGCUGCCUAUAAUGAGCAUGAACGAAUAUCAAAGGAUAGACGGUUGAGCAGUCAAGAGAAAAAGAGAAAAAUCAAGGAAUUAGUUAGCACGAGAGACGAAUAUAGUCUUAUAAGAGAACGCUUGAAUAAGGUGAACGCGGGAAGUAGCCGUUUUAAACAGAACACAUUUGUAAUAAAUUACAAUAGAACCUACUUUUUAUUACUUCAAAAGGCUUUUAAUGAUAUGAAAAUUCGAGACUUUGUUCAAUUAGAUCAAUCCAACCUAUCCCAAUACAAUUUCGGUAUUUAUUGCUCUAAGUUGAUGGAUGACAUUGUCAAUGAAUUUCUUGUUCAAGUUACUGUAAUCUGUAUGAAUUUUGCAUAUCAGAAGCGUCAAGUAACAUUGACUAAAGAGCUACUCAGUCAAUAUCAAGUAUUUUUCAAAAUGACAAACAAGGAUGCGACGUACCUCGAACCUUGUGCACCCGAUGUGCAGAACUUUUUCAAGAAAAAUUAUUCAAAAUGCUUACCUAAUAUCGAUGUUUUAGAAAUACUAAUCAUAGACUGUUUACUGCGACGGUGUUUCAGCGAUGAGAAUACGAUGCAUGAGGGAUUAGACGAACUUAUUUUCGAGCACCUCAAGUCACCACAGCCGAUAUUUAAAUUUCUAAUGUACAUGAAGUUUACUGAACGUUAUUUAGAAAUUAUAAGAGAAUUAUUGUUGAAAUUUUUAUUCCAGCUCUCGGUUGAAGUACUGAAUUUGAAAAAAGAAAGAAAUAGUACUACAUUGGUAACAUUUGAAGAAUUGAUAGAAGCUUGCGAGAUAGUAGGGGUUUUUGGUUCUAGUUAUAUACAUUAUCUUAAAAAGGCAUACAAGCAGUAUUUCAAAGAAACGAUCGGAAAAAUAUGUAACAACAUAAUAGGCAAGAAUUUUGUUCUUAACAGUGACGGACUUUUAAUACAGAAACGCACUAUAAAUUAAGGUAGCUCUGAUGCGUUUUAUUUUAAUUAAGCUAUAGUAGUUAUAGUCGUUAUACUUAAAGCUUUUUUUAUCCCAAUGCUUUCACAUCAUGUACUUUAAAAAUAAUAAAAAAUAUGUAGUUUAUGCUUAGUCAUGUAAUCAUAUCUUAUGUAUCUUACAAAUGAUGAGAAAACGUAUGUAGUUAAUAAUAGUUAAUCUAUUGCUUAAUAAAAUUUGAAAACAUUC